UGAUUUUCAUCAAUUUUUAUCAUAUUUACCAUUCUUUCUCACUAGUAAACAUUAAUUAUUAAUUGUUUUUCACACUUAAUUCAUCACAAUUGUUAUCAUCUCAAUGAAUCUGUUCACGUUUAUAUCAAAGUGAUAAUUAUUUCUUAAUUUAAUAGGAAAAUGUAAUUGAUACUGUGGUUGAUGACAAUCUCGAGGUUACAUCUAGUCAAUUACGUGUAUGAACAAUUAAAAAAAAAUUCCACCUUAUUAUAGAGAGACAUUUUUGCAGGAUACAAAAAUAUAAAUAGAGUCACGCGAGAUAACUAAAAUGCUGUUUUUAUUUCGAACAGAGAGAAGCGCGCGGUUUGUGUCUGUAUAAUUUACGUUUAUUUAUUGCAGUUGAUUAGUUAGUUAAACAGUGAUUGAAUGAAUUAUUUGAACUAAAAAAAAACUUUAUUAUUAAUAAAAUGGAGAUAAUCGGGGACUUGAUCCUAAGGCGAUGCAACGGUGUCCUUACCUCCACGAGAUGAAGGAGCGAUUGCUCUCGCAACCAACGCCAACGGAUAGUUUGGACAUGGAACGCUUGGACGGUGGCACUCCAGUGAAGGAAGCUAAUCUUCAUACAGAAUAUCCAGCACAAACAAAUCCAGGAAUUAUUCCUGAUCCUCCUGAAAUGCCUUCAGAUACCUUGAUUGGCACCGUCGUCAAGGUAAAUGAUCCUGAGCUCAAUUCAGAUGGUUAUGGAUCUCAUACGUCUCCAGCACAUGCUAGACAACCUCUUGUACCUCAGGGUUCGAAUGCUCCUCUAUGUCUUACUCCAACACGAUCGGGGUGUGGUAAUGGAACUUUACCUAAAAAUGCUAAGACUUCACUGUUCAUCAUCAUGAGCUUUAUUUAUGCAAAGUUACUGGUGGUAGUUUGUGUAGCCUAUGUUAUAAGUGAAGUAGUAACUCACAAGCUGCCCUUGUACUACUUUGAAGGCUUCUUUGCUUAUAUGUAUGGAAUGAGUAUCCUCUUCCUGCUAUACGUCUUCUGUUUCCUUCUUCAAGAGAGUGCCUGUUGCUCGAGAGGUGCUGAUACGCCUCCACCACCUCCUAAACCACCUAAGCCACCAAAGGAACCUAAAGAUAAAAACAAGAAGAAAGACAAGAAAGAUAAGAAAGAUGCUAAAAAUGGAAAGAAUAAAAAAGAUUUUCAGGAUUCAACAGAUGUUGAAGCUGGUGUUUCCACUCGAGUAUUACGAAAGCGUAAGACUUCACAAAAUGACCACAGUCACGGAAGUUUCUUUCUGAGGAUUGGAGCAAUUGCAUUUGGUCUGGGUACCAUGGUUUAUAAUGGAUUAGAGUUUGGAGCUUUCUUCGAAAUCCCACCUACUUCACCUUGCUUCCAAAUUCUUCAUGGUGUAAAUCCAAUACUUCAAAUGGUUUUCACUUUUAUGCAAAUGUAUUUCAUUUUCAUGAAUUCUCGGUUGAAUAUCCAUCGAUUUAAAGUAAUUGCUCGUUUUGGAUUAAUGCACGUUGUUGCAACGAAUUUAUGUGUGUGGGUUAAAACUUUAGUUUUUGAAAGUUUAAAGGAAAUUACCCAAAUUACUCAACGUGAUAAUAGAGAAGACAUUGGAUUAAUGGAAAGUAUCAAACGACAUACAAUAAAUAACGCUGACAUAAUUCUUGGAAAUGUACCUCGAGAUAUAGCACAACUUCGAUUAGCUCCUACACCAUUAACGAGUAAGACUACUUCAAGGUUGCUAUCAGAUACAGUAGCAACAACUCGUCGACUAUUUCGCACAACUCCACCUUCAAUAAAUCGAGUAGCAAGAUCCACUGCACGAUCAGUGGCACGAGCUAUAACACAUGGAACAACAACUUCAACAGCAGCUACAACAACGACAAGUACAACAAUAACACCAUCAACAACAUUAUCAUCAACAACUACAACAAUGAUUCCAACAACACCAAGCACCACAUCAACAACAAGUACAACCACUUCUCGGCCGACAUUGUCUACUAUUAUUGAUGCAUUAACAAGCACUGUGAAACCUGAUAAUGCAACUACUCGAAUGACAACAAGUACAACAACUACAACAACAACUCUAACACCAUCCACUUCAUCAUCACCAUUAACAACUUUCGGAUCAGUAAUGUGGGAUUUUGGUGAAUCUCCUCAACCAAUUGGUCAUGGAUUUCCUCAAAUAUUUGAUGUUGUUAAUCAAACAAAUGGAAGUAGUAUCUGGAGUCCAACAUUUGCAUUUUAUCAAGGAGCUCCAUUGAAUGAGAAUUCUUGUGGAAGAGUUAAUAUCAUGGGAACAAUAGUUCAGGAUGCUGCACCAUAUCUCUUUCCAUUUAUUAUCGAGUAUAGUUUAAUCGGUGCAGCAGUAAUUUAUGUAAUGUGGAAACACAUUGGUCGUCAUCCUCGUUGGCCACAUCAAGCUGAGGCAGAUUUAGAACGCAGACUUGAAGCUAUGCUAUCACGUCGAGCUGUUGCUUUAGCACAUGCAGGACAUGGAAGAGUUGAUUGCGUGGGUGCUAGCAAGGGUCUUUUCCUAGGACUAUUUCUCUUAGUUGGAUCAUUAAUUUGUUUGAUUCUCUUCUUCGUACUAAUUCAUCAUCCAUCAUUUGGACUGUUAGCUAUUUAUUUAGCAGACGUAUCUCAUUGUAUUUUAAUGGCAUUUUCAAUAAUUGCUAUCAUCAUAGGAUUUAUUCGUGUUCAAAGUCUUAAAUUCAAAGCUGAAGAACAGAGUGAUCUUAAUGAUAUUCUAUUACGUGUAUCUGGCUUUGGACUCUUUCUCUAUGCAGUAUUCAGUGUAAUUGCUGGAUCAUUGGCCGCAUUUACUCAUGAACCAAAUCUCUUAGUGAUGGUUACUGGACUUUUAGCUAUUGUCCAAGUAGUUCUUCAAAUGUUAUUCAUUGCUGACGUUUCUCGUCGACGAGUUCAUUUACCAGAACACGAUCGAAGCAAGCCUGGACGUCAAGUUGUGACUUUCCUUCUUAUUUGCAAUGUAACUAUGUGGGUUAUUUAUACCUUUGAGACCCAAAAAGUAGUUGCCAAUCCUGUUCAACUUGAUUUCUAUGGUUAUCUAGCAUGGACAAUUGUUCAAAGGGUUACGAUGCCUUUGUGCAUCUUUCAUAGAUUCCAUAGUGCGGUUACGCUUGCUGAAAUUUGGAAGACCAGUUAUAAAGCACGAUUGGAGUAACUUUAUUAUUUUCUUCAUUAAAAAAUAAUAUUAAAUACUUUAAGAGACUCUUGAAAUUUAUCUACACCAAGUAGAGUCUUAUACUAGCUCAUAUUUAAUUUCGCUACAACUUUAUAUCAUACAUUUUUCUACUUUUAUACCUUUCAUCCUAUUGUGCAUCGAGUACACUAUGCAAAUAAAUUACUAAAAACUAAUUAACGAAAUGGCGUACCAUUAUAGCCUAUGUAGUUUUUAUUCGUAAUAGAUAAAAAAA